GCUUUUCUCCACGAAUGCUGCCUGGCCUGCUGAGUUCCUCCAGCAUCUUGUUGAAGAUGAGGGGCUGUUCCUCAAGGUUACAUUAGCCUUCCUUACAACAGUGUGAGAGGCCACAGACAGAUGCUGCCUGACCUGCUGAGUGUUUCUAGAAUUUUGCGUUUUAUUUCUGCUGGAGAAGCUGGUUGUGAACCAUCUUCCUGAACCACUGCAGUCCUUCUGUUGAAGUAUAGACCCUGUGACACAUUUAUUAUGGACGUGGAGGGUUUUGGAGAGCUGCUGCAGCAAGCCGAGCAGCUUGCAGCAGAAACUGAAGGUGUGUCCGAGCUUCCACAUGUGGAAAGAAACCUGCAGGAGAUUCAGCAGGCUGGGGAGGUCUUGCGUUCCAGGACGCUGACUCGCACAUCGCAGGAGACAGCAGACGUCAAGGCGUCUAUUCUGCUCGGGACUAAAGGGUUGGACAUAUCUCACAUCUCUCAGCGAUUGGAAAGCCUGAGUGCAGCUACGACCUUUGAACCUCUUGAGCCAGUCAAAGAUACGGAUAUACAGGGAUUCCUGAAGAAUGAACGUGAUAAUGCACUGUUGUCAGCCAUUGAAGAGUCCAGAAGGAGGACAUUUGCAAUGGCAGAGAGGUAUCAUUGGGAGUCCAUGCUGGUGGAAUGGGAACAGGAGAAGCAAAAGAUCCUCCAUACUCUUCUGGCAUCGGGAGAAGAUGCUCUUGACUUUACCCAGGAGACUGAGCCAAGUUUUGUUAGUGCGAUGGGACCACCAGGACGCAGUGCAAUGGACAAUGUUGAAGUGGCGUAUGCUCGACAGAUUUAUAUAUAUAAUGAAAAGGUUGUGAAUGAGCAUCUUCAGCCAAACCUAGGAGAUCUUUGCAGUACUGUAGCUGAGUCUUUGGAUGACAAGAACGUCUCUGAAUUGUGGGCAAUGGUGAAGCAGAUGACUGAUGUCCCGCUGGUACUUGCCACAGAGACACUGAAGAGCCGUACCAGUUUGGAGAUGCAGAUGGCAUUUGUGAAACAAGCCUUGUGCUUUUUAGAGCAGAGCUACAAGAAUUAUGUAACAGCGACAGUAUAUGGAAACCUACAGCAGGCUCAACUAGGUGGCGUACCUGGGACUUAUCAACUGGUCCGUAGCUUUCUUAAUAUUAAGUUGCCAGGACCUUUGCAAGGACUUCAGGAUGGUGAAAUUGAAGGCCAGCCAGUCUGGGCUCUCAUCUAUUAUUGCUUGCGUUGUGGAGAUUUAAUGGCAGCAAUGCAGGUGGUGAAUCGUGCUCAACAUCAGUUGGGGGAAUUUCAUAAUUGGUUCAUGGAGUAUGUUCAAGGUGGUGAUAGAAGAUUACCUCCGACUGCAGAGAACAAACUUCGCCUACAUUACCGCCGUGCAUUACGGAACAGCACAGACCCUUAUAAGAGAGCGGUUUAUUGCCUCAUUGGUCGAUGUGAUGUUACUGAUAAUCACAGUGAAAUUGCUGAUAAGACCGACGACUAUCUCUGGUUAAAACUGAAUCAAGUGUGUUUUGAAGAUGAUGGCAACAGUUCACCUCAGGAUAAGCAAACCCUUCCUCAACUGCAGAGCCAGCUGUUGGAGGAGUAUGGUGAAUCACACUUUGCAGCCAAUCAACAUCCUUUUCUGUACUUCCAAGUGCUUUUCCUUACAGCCCAAUUUGAAGCAGCUAUUGCCUUCCUCUUCCGCAUGGAGCGACUGCGUUGUCAUGCAGUGCAUGUGGCAUUGGUUCUUUAUGAGCUAAAGCUUCUUCUGAAGUCAUCUGCCCAAAGUGCACAACUGUUGAGUCAAGACAGUGCUGAUCCCCGUCCAAUACGACGCCUUAAUUUCAUCCGUCUGCUCAUGUUAUACACCAGAAAGUUUGAGCCCACUGAUCCCAGAGAAGCUCUCCAAUAUUUCUAUUUCCUCAGAAAUGAGACUGACAGUCAAGGAGAAAACAUGUUCAUGCGAUGUGUCAGUGAGCUUGUCAUUGAAAGCCGAGAGUUUGACAUGCUGCUUGGUCGAUUAGAGAAAGAUGGCAGCCGAAAGCCUGGCAUAAUUGACAAGUUUUCAGGAAACACGAGAGCUGUAAUUAAUAAGGUAGCAUCAGUAGCUGAAAAUAAGGGCUUGUUUGAAGAGGCGGUGAAGCUUUAUGAUCUGGCCAAGAAACCAGAUAAGGUCUUGGAACUGAUGAACAAAUUAUUGAGUCCUGUGAUACCACAAAUCAGUGCACCCCAGUCUAACAAAGAACGACUGAAAAACAUGGCACUUUCUGUAGCUGAGAGAUAUCGCAAUCAAGGAAUUGCUGCUGCAAAGUCAAUUGACAGCACUUUCUACCUUCUGCUGGACCUAAUUACCUUCUUCGAUGAGUACCAUUCUGGCAAUAUUGACAGAGCAAUUGACAUCAUGGACAAACUGAAACUUGUGCCACUCAGUCAGGAGAGUGUUGAGGAGAGAGUGACAGCUUUCAAAAAUUUCAGUGAUGAGAUUAGACACAACCUGUCUGAAGUACUGCUUGCCACUAUGAAUAUUCUGUUUACCCAGUAUAAAAGACUGAAGGGUACAAGUCCAGCCACACCUGCGAGACCUCAGCGCGUGAUGGAGGACAGAGACACACAACUCAGGCGCCAGGCACGUGCCUUGAUAACGUUUGCUGGAAUGAUACCAUACAGGAUGGCUGGUGACACAAAUGCACGCCUGGUGCAGAUGGAGGUCCUCAUGAACUGACACAAUUGAGGAGAGCUUUCACAUUGGAACAAUAAACCAAUGGUGUAAUAGAUCUUUAUUUUUGGAGUUCACUUUGCAUUUUUCAAAUUGGAAAUAAUAUUUUCUUUGUUUAAAAUUUAAUUUUUACUUUUUGGAAACUCUUGCCCUUGUUAAUUUGAAUCUCCAGAUUUAAAAUAAAUGGGAAAUCACAAA